AUGAAUCUAGCGGACCUUCGCAAGGAGAUUGUCGCCUGGGAGGCCUCGGCGACGAUUGCCUUCCCCCGGAUUCGCCGGUACACAUUGACCUUUAUCGACGAGGUAUUGCCUAUAUGGCCAAUUCUUUCUGUACAGCAGGUGUACGCGGCUUUCAUGUCGCACUAUGGCCGCCUGCAGCUUGGAAUAGACGACAUCACACCGGAAUACCGCAUAUUUUCCUACAUACUUGCCAUCGGAAGCCUACUCUGCCACCUCAGGAACCCGGAUGAAGAACGAAUUGAAGAGGCUCAUUGUGGACACUGGCCCAUAUUCGACGCUUAUACCCGUGGGCCACUGGACCGUAUAGUUCAGAUCCAACUGCUGGCUUUGGAAUAUCUCCAUUCUCGCUACACCGGAUUGAAUAGUGAGCCUCGGUUUAUGGGCUUGGCUAGGAACAUGCAGCCUGGAAAUUAUGCAAGCUGGUUUCACACGGUAGUGCUCUGGACAUGUUUCAACCUCGUCUGGGACCACCCCGGUUCCGCGCCGUUGGACCUGAAUCCACAAAAUCUCCCCCAGCCACAAAAGGAGUAUUUCACGGCAGAGUUUGGUGAUAAUGCAUGGGACAAAUUCGUUGCACGAGCCUACAAUAACCAGCAAUACUUCAACAUCCGAUCCGGUGCCCUCAUGAUGGAUGAUGCGGCCCUCCUCGAGGACGCUGGGUUGGAUAAUGCCUGGAUAAUGCACAAGGCUGGGCCUUUAGACCAUCUUCAGGACAUCGCUAUCAACACGCCGCACGAGCCUUAUCCAUCCGUCACCCUGAAAGUGGCGAGAGAGUACGUUUGGCGGUGUGAGAGACGCCUGAGAGAGAUUCAGCGCUUGGAUAUUGUCAAUAGGCUGUUCAUGCAACCCCAGUAA